UGUCAGGGAAAGUCUGACCGUCUUCAGCGGCCUCUCGAAUCACAGCAAGUUGGAGCAUUCCUUCCUCAACUGAUCAGCCAUGGCUUCCCUAACAGCCGUAGGGAGCGAGGUGCUCGUCGCGUCUUUCACAUGCCAGCCGCAGAAUUCUGCCGCGGUCAGCCGCGCUGCAUCCUUUCCGAUCAGCUCUGCUCUUUCCACUCGUUGCUCGUUCCAAAGCCGAAACCCUAACGCGAGGCGAGGAGCUUCCGUGGUCAGGAGAGCGUUGAGCGGGGGUCCCAAUCGCAACCGGGACGAGAAGAAUGAUCCAGCGAAAGUGAUUGAGUUUUCAGGGUCGGACGAUAGCGAUGCUGAGGCAGCUAGCAGGGAGAAAUCCGCGGGUCAGCUUGACGACAUCGGCGCGGAGCUAGCUCGCCUUAGGCAGGAACGCGCCGCAGCGGAAACAGCGGCGAAAGCUGAUGAAGGGAUUGGCGGAUUCUGGCGUGGAGUUAUGGAAGAGACGCAGAUGAUUCAAUGGCCGGCUUUCACUUCCGUCCUGGGGACGACUGGUGUUGUGGUGGUUGUUAUCGUGACCUCCGCUGUCGUUCUUCUGACUGUCAAUGCGCUGUUAGCCAACUUCUCAGACGCCCUUUUUGAGUUGCCAGCAGUCAGGGAGGUCUGGCACCUGUAAGCUCUGUUGCUUCCACUUCAAAGGAAGCUUUUUAGGGCUGUUGUUGUUCAUGUCAAGUCAGAUGAUGCUGCAUGCAAUGGUUUCAAUGUCUCCUUUUUCAACGCUUGCCACUCAAAUGUGAAGUAGGCUACGUGUAGGCUCAUUGAAAGCAUGUAAAGCUACUUGGCCACUGUAGGACAAGCAGAAGAGCAGUGCGUGGUUCCAUAUUUAGA